AUGGCCCAAGCCGGAGGCUCAAAGGACUUCCCGUGGGCCGAAGAGGUCAAGAAGGAGUUGGACAAUCUUGAAAAGGCUGAGAUUGGCAACCCCAAGACGCCCCUCAACAAGACUCCCUACUUGUCUGAUGAGGUCGUUGACAAGAUCAACGAAGGCAUCAAGUACAAGUACGAUGUUGCCCUCAUCCUUGACAGCGCUGCUGCUUUCUUCGGCCGUGACAAUGUGGGCCUCUGUGGCGUCGCACACUUCUUCAAGAUUGCUGCUGUGGCCGAGCGCGCGGACGCAUUUGUGGCCAUCGAGUUCCUGAACAAGCGCGGCGGCAAUGUCAAGUUCGGCCCCACUGCUGAGCCUCCCAGCGAGGACAAGUGGCACACCAAGGAGGGAUCGGACGUGUGCAAGGCGUUUGUGAAGUACCUGGCGCUAACCAAGGUGGGCUACAACUGCGCGCACAAGCUGUACGGCCAGGCAGUCAAGCAGAACGAUGCCCACACCGUCACAUUCCUCGAGUGCUGCAUCUUUGAGUCGGGGGAGAAGAUGCGCGAGCUGGCAUGGUUUGUGACCCACCUGAAGGCAGUCAAGGGGGACAAGCAUGCCAUCAAAAACUUUGACCGCGAGCUCGAGUGCAAGAACUGCUGCUUUGCCAAGGCUGCCGGCGUUGAGGCUGUAGUCCCCUGCAAGCUGCAGAUUGGCACCAUGAAGCGCAAGCUGGCCACUGAGACCUUUGCACUUUCCUGGAAGUUCAUGAAGGACGACUGA